GACCUUGGGGCGGAGGCGGAACGCAAGGAGGCCUUCCAGGAGCUCUUCAGGCGCUACUUUGCCCACUAUCAGAAGGGACAGGUGCGGUCCAUGCCUGGGCUUCUACCUCACGAGAUACCAAUUCAGUACGAGUUUGAGGUGCCCAAGAACAUGUACGAUAUGAAGAUGACGCCCGAGCUGCUCUUGAUGCGGGGUGGAAUCAGCAGCACUGACUUCGCGAAGGCUCUGGGUCCAGCCUUUGACAGUGGAUCACCCUGGUGGCGUGUAGAAGUGGAUGGCAUUGGUGGAAAACAUCACCAGGUCCUUCAAGGUUUGCCAGAAGCCAACAGUGUGGUGGUGCGUCCACGCACCGUGCUCAACAGCUCCCUCCCGACCGAUUUGGCGAAAUAUCUGGAGAAAUUGAAGGUGCCUGCUUCAGUACACAAGCAGUCCUUCCAGUUCACCUUGGGCGUUCCCUUGGAACGCAUUGGUGCGCUGCUGAAGCGCAUGCCUCACAUGCACAAGCGACACGCUGAGACCUCGAGCUUCUGCAGGCAACGUGAGCCAAGUCCUUGCAGUCGGCAAUACGAAGGUCUGCUGCUGCUUUGCCAGAUGGUCCUGGAGCAAGCGGCCAAGUGUUCGGCCUGCGGCUUUCCCAAACGCUGUCAAACACCCUGGUUGCUGCGCACCCACAUAGGAGACCUGACGCAGACUCUUCAAAGAGAAGAACGGGAGCGUCUCGUCGAGGAGGUCCUGCAGCUUUGGGGUGGCGAUGAGCAGCUGUAUCCCAAGGGAAUCAUGGACUACCUGCACUUUCCCGAGAUGGCAGAGAUGGGUGGAAUGGUGACGUGGAGUCACAAAAAGGAAUUGAUGGAAGAAAAGAAAACUUCAUUGUCAGGAAUUCACAGAGCUUCCCUUGUCCCACCAUUUGUGGUGGAAGACGUGCCACAUUUGGCCGUUCCCAGCACCCCAGUGGCCACACUGCCAGGAAAGCUCACCGAAACGCCAGAUUUCGAGGAGCUGCUGAAGCAAGAUCCUGAGUUUGCGACGGCACUUCAAGGUGCUGUGGCGAAUAUGAUCCAGAAGUUGGGUCUCCGCGAGGCGGCAGGGCCCUUCGAUUGGAUCCGCUUCAAUGGGCAGGGUGUGACGCAUUUGCUGCGGAACGGCUUCCAGGACUUCCUGGAUUGGGAAGAACGAGUUCAUGAUGUGGCCGGUCUGCAGGUCUUUCCAACCACCUGGGGUGGCUCUUUUUGGCACCAUGACAUUAGCGACCCUCAGGUGCGACAGACCUUCGACCGGCGGAAGCAGCGAUUUCUGCAGAUGCGGAAUGAAAACCUUCUCUUUAUCCGAGUGGUCAAUGGCACACAAGAAGUGGCACAGAUUCCAGAUUUGUAUUCAGCACUUCACGCGCGUUUUGCAGCAGUUGGCCGUGUUCUCCUGUUGGUUUUGAUUGACAUGCAGGACAGCGAACGUGAAGUUCGGACACAGGACCUUGGAAGCAACGUCAUUUUCGCCUGCGUCCACCAUGGUGCCUGGGAAGCGCCCGUCGGGGGCUGUCUGCCGGAGGAACAGGCCCGUGAGCGCUUACACCUGGCCAGCGACGCCUAUGCAACCGCGCUCAGUCGGGCGCUUUACCUCUGGUGCGGCUACGUCUCAGUGAGCCCGAUGGCCUACCCAACAGUUGCGUCCUUGUCUCAGCAGCUGGUGCCGUGGAGCUGCCCAGAUGCCAAGUACGACUCCUAUCAGCCGUACCGAAGUAUGCCGACAACGGCCGUGGCGGCUACGUUGCAGGCAACACUGCCAAGCAUUGCUCCUACGAUUCCAGCCCUCCAAGCAGUGAAUUUGCGACCAUUGCAUCCCUCGCGAAUUACUCAAGUCGUUCGAUAA